AUGGCAGACGACACCGCUUCGCCCUUUGGGCCGCUCUUGCUGGAGCUGGCCAGGAUGAGAAAGUCAAACCUCACAGCCGCCAUCGACGAUGUCGACAAGAUUAUCGAUUUAUUAAGCGCUGCUCGCGAGCAAGUAGCUGCUGAAGACGAUAGCCACAGAACAAUGAUGGCGUUGACGACGCUGCAAAAUCCGGUCAAGUCCCGGCUCGAAGCGAUAAAUUCAGAUUUAAAAGAUGUCAAUAAAGCACAAAAAGGAUUCGGCAAGGCUCUGGAUAAGGCCCUCCCGCACCGUGAUCUGCCCAUGGAAACCGAUGCCAUGGCCGACCAAUCCGCCCUGAUCAACCGAGCCAUUGCCAUGCAUCUUCUCCGCGAAGGCCAGUUCUCCGUCGCCUCAACGUUUGUGCGCGAAGCACGCGACAACCCUCUCGACGCCCAGGACUUCUCCUCCCGUCAGACGCCCACGCCCUCGCAGGUCGACGCAGACGGCGACGAUGACAUGAGCUGGCCCGACAUCUCCAACAAGGAUGACGACGACAGCAACAGCCUCGGCAGCAUCACGGCGCAGCUCGACGCUCGCCCCAGCGGGCUGCAGCAGAAGUUUGCCGAAAUGUACAGCAUCCUGAGCGAGCUGCGGGCCCGCAACCUCUCGCCGGCGAUCCGGUGGGCGCACGACAACAACGACCGGCUCGAGGCGCGCGGCAGCAACCUCGAGUUCGAGCUGUGCAAGCUGCAGUACGUCUGGCUGUUCAAGGGCCCCGCGGUCAACGGGCUCGCCGACGACGCGCAUAACGGGCACGCGGGCGCGCUGCUCUACGCCCGCCAGCACUUUGGGCGCUUCCAGCGGCGGCACCUCCGCGACAUACAGCAGCUAUGCUGCGCCAUGGUCUACGCGCCGAACCUGGAGGCGUCGCCGUACAGCCACAUCUUUGCCAUUGACUCGGCCUUUGACGACGUCUCGGCCUCGUUCACGCGCGAGUUCUGCUCGCUGCUCGGCCUGGCCGCCGAGUCGCCGCUGUACGUGGCCGUCACGGCGGGCGCCAUUGCGCUGCCGCGCCUCAUCAAGUACACGACGUACAUGCGCGAGAAGAAGACGGAGUGGACGACGGAGAACGAGCUCGCCUUCGAGACGCCCCUCCCGCCGUCCAUGAUCUACCACCCCAUCUUCGUCUGCCCCGUCAGCAAGGAGCAGACCACCGAGACCAACCCGCCCAUGCUGCUGCCCUGCGGCCACGUCAUAUGCAACGACAGCCUCAAGAACAUUGCCAAGGGCUCGCGGUGCAAGUGCCCGUACUGCCCCACCGAGGGCCACAUCAAGGACGCCAUUCGCAUCACGCUGUAA